CCCCACCCCCAAGCAUCUGGGAAAAGGAAGCACAAAAAGGGAGAACCGGCCACAGUCACUGUACUCGUUUCCCAUCUCGCUCUCAGGACUGAGCGCGGCUGCAGGUGCAAGACCACCACAGAGGGGGAGCUUUCGGCCGCAGCCUAAUAACACUGAGGGUCUGGCAGUGGCCCCCAUGGGGUCUGUGAACUCCCGAGGCCACAAGGCAGAAGCCCGGGUGGUGAUGAUAGGCCUGGACUUGGCCGGCAAGACCACGCUCCUGUACAAACUGAAGGGCGACCAGCUGGUGGAGACCCUGCCCACCGUGGGUUUCAACGUGGAGCCUCUUGAAGCCCCUGGGCACAUGUCUCUGACCCUCUGGGAUGUCGGGGGGCAGAGCCAGCUCAGGGCCAGCUGGAAGGACUACCUGGAGGGCACGGACAUCCUCAUUUUCGUGCUGGACAGCACAGACGAAGCCCGCUUGCCCGAGGCAGCGGCUGAGCUCACCGAGGCCCUGGCUGACCCCCACCUGGCCAGCGUGCCCCUCCUGGUGCUGGCCAACAAGCAGGAGGCAGCCCACGCCCUGCCGCUGCCUGAGAUCAGAGACAGGCUGGGCUUGCACAGGUUCCAGGGGCACUGCUGGGAGCUGCAGGGCUGCAGCGCCCUCACCGGAGAGGGGCUGCCCGAGGCCCUGGAGAGCCUGAGGCGCCUCCUGAAAUCCCACAACCACUGUAACUCCAGGUGCGCGCAGGGGGCAGGCUGUGGGGAGAGCCAGAGGCCUUGACCGGGGCAGAGCAGCCUGUCUUCUUCGCUCAUGUGGAUCGGAAGACCAGCUAAUCCUGGAGAAUCUCAAAUUCAGUUUCUCAAACAAGGAAUCCCCCUGCGCUCGGACAGCAUAUUUUCCUCUUGGGACUUAUUGUCACCGGUGUUUGUGUUGAAAAUCAACUAUUCUUUGAAUAAUGAUACUCUGAGGGAAAAAGCAAACCUCAGCAUACUUCGUUUAGUAACUCAUUACCACGUCUGAACUAAGCAAUUGUAAUAACAGAAAAAGUGGUUGCAGAAUAAUUAAGACCUAAAUUCACAGAGGGAAAGAGAUUUCAAAAUCAAAUCAGAAUAUCACCUGGACGUGGGCAUGAUCUUAUGAGUGAUUUUCCCCAGGAGCCCCUGGGUGUGUGUCACCAUCACUCUGAGGGCAAGGAGUCAGGGCCAGCAGGAUGGAGUCUGCUUCUGCAGGAUCUUGGGUUUAGAAGUUCAACGGGGCGCUCAGCCCUGGGCGGAGGCCAGGAGUUCAGGCCUUCCAAAAUUGAUCCUCUUCUUUGACCCUGAUUAACCCUUCUCCAACUUUUUGUUAUCCUGUACUGGUCUUUCUCUAAAACCCUUCAUUGUUUUCUUUCUGUUUUCCUUCUCUUUCUCUCUCCUUCAAGCACACAGGUUUCCUUGAAGAUCAGAUUAAUCAAUGAUUUCAUUCAUUUAUUUAUUCACUUUAUCAAAAAAUAUGCCGAGUAUUGAAUCUGUGGCAAAAGGCAAUGAGCUUUAGAUAUGAAGCUGGACCUCCAGAUGGCAGGUGUGAAUUUUGAAGAUAUGUAUAACAGCAAUGCACCUCUCACUAUUAAUAGUGAAAGGGAAAGCCGAAGCGUUUUCAGGUGACGUUACCUAAGAUCCAUGAAGCUCCUGAAAUUAUUUGCAAAAUGUUACGCUUUGGGCCAUUUUUCUAGGGAAGAAGAUCCAUAACUUUUGUGAGACUUUCAAAGGUACCUGUGACUCCCUAAGAUAAGAAUCACUGAUCUGGUCUUAUACCUCAUUCCACCCAGGAAUGCUUUCUAUACUUUUUAAUGGCAAGUAACUUCCAUUUGGUACCUAUUCUCGUGUUAAACAGCUCUAAAUUUGGAUAUUCCUUCCCAUCCUGGGCUACCAUCAGCCUCCUUAGAACUCCUGAUGGUGGUUCUGCCCUCUCUGGAGUGACACAAUCACUCCAACAUCUGAGAGGUCCCUCUACCCAAAGUCUCCCCUUCUAACAUCAAGUUAGGUGUGCCUAGUUCUUUCCACCAUGUGUCAAUCAAUGUGUUUCAAGACUUCCUAUGUUAGACACAGAAAAGGGCAAAGAUGCAAAGACAACGGAGACUCCAGCCUCAUGGUCCUCUAGAUGGGGAAGCAGGAGGACAUGACUCCCAUAAAAAAGGAGAGGUUGGGCUUCCCUGGUGGCGCAGUGGUUGAGAGUCCGCCUGCUGAUGCAGGGUAUGCGGGUUCAUGCCCCAGUCCAGGAAGAUCCCACAUGCUGCGGAGCGGCUGGGCCCGUGAGCCAUGGCUGCUGAGCCUGUGCGUCCGGAGCCUAUGCUCCACAACGGGAGGGGCCACAACAGUGAGAGGCCCGCGUACUGCAAAAAAAUAAAAAAUAAAAAAAAGGAGAGGUUGAGAGUUUACUGUUUACUGAUCACGUACUGGGGCUGGUUCCGUGCUCAGUGCUCUACAGAGAUUAUCUCUAAUUCUCCCAACUCUGCAAAGUAGGGAUCAUUCCCAUUUUAUAUAAUUAGACACUGAGGCUCAGAGAGGUUGUGACUUGCCUGAGGCACUGCUCUUAAGUGAUAUUUCUGGAAUUUGAAACCAGAUAUUCUAGCCCUGAUGAUGCCUGCAUUUUCCCACGACAUCAUGCUUCUAGAAGGUUGAAGCCAAGGUUGACCUUCAGUAGGCAGAUGAGAUGGGAGAGCAGCCUAGUCAGAGGGAAGAGACAGCUUGGAGGCAUGAGGGAGAGUGUAGGAAGGACAAACAAACCAGAAAGGCUGAAACACGAGGUUGGGGUGAGGGGUGGGAUGUAUUAUAACAGGAAACAAAACUGGAAAGUUUAGCUCCAAAUUAAGGAAGGCUUAGACUUUCAUAAUCAGGAGUUUGUCUCAGAGAAGUGAAACCAUCUGGCUUCCAUUUAAGAGGCUAAUUUAGUGGCAGUGUGGAGGUGAAAUAAAGAGAAGGGGGGACGCUGGGGACGGAAAAGUGGACAGCCCAGCUAGAUGCCCAUCAUGGUCACAGAGGAGAGGAGAGGGAGGCAAGGACAUUGAGAGCCAUUUUUAAGACAAAAGGCUGAGAAAGGAAGAACUUGAAGGUGCUCAAGAUUUUGAGUCUGUGUGGCAGGUGGGAUUGGAAUGAACUGAGAAGGUGGACACAGGAGGGGCAGGUUGCGAAGGGGCUAGAACCUCUGAACCCUGCUUUUGGAAUGCUGGGUCCGAAUGUGUUUAUAGCUCUUUUCAGACUGUUCCGUUAUCUGCAGAGUUUGAGGCACUGAGGACCCUCUGGAGGCAUCUGCUGGUUUCUGCUCAUGGAGACUCAUUUCCUCACAUGACUUGUCAUUUUUUAUUGUGAGCUCAUCUUCAGUAGGAUUUGUUUUUCCUGUGUGACUCCCGUGUGCUCUGGGUUAUGACAGUUUUUACACAGAGUGGUUUCACAUUAGCGUCUACCAGGAUCCUGGAGGUUUCAAUUGUUUUAGACCAAAUAUUAUGUUAGUUUCUCUGUUUGGGGCUCACGGACCUCACAGGUAGUAGGAAUUUGAACUCUGUGCUCAUUCAUGGCACAGGCCCCAGGGAUUCGGUUUCUGACAGGCAACUGUUUUUCUUUGCACUCCCAACAUAGACCGUUUGUUUUGGCAUGGCUGGCUGAGCUGGCGGGCAGAAUUUUCCAAUCCCCUUUUAAGAAAGGGGUGCCACUUCAAUGCUCUUGCUUUUUUGCUGAGCUCAGAUCAAAAUUUUCUCUCCUCCAAGCAAGAGUGAGGCCACAUCUCCUGUACAGGUGCUAUGACUACAGCCUGGUCCCUCGAGCCUAAAUUGGGCUCCUCUAAGAUCCCCCUGGACUCCAGGCUUCACUCAACUGCUUCAGCUGUGGUUUCCCUCUUCAACUGGUUUCUGCCACUUGAGGAUUUCCUUUUUUUUUGCUCAAGGGCAGCCUACAUUAAAACAAUUAUUUUUGAUUAUAGUUUACCCAACACUUAUGACUCCACAGUGGAAAAGGGUCCAUCUGCCAUGUCACUAGGCAUCUGCCAGGGUCCCUGGGAAAGGCUGAGCCCACAGAGGUGGCCAGAGAGAGCAGACACAGGGCCCAGAGCCAGUGCCAGGGAGGAGGUGAGGAUGCUCCAUGGCACACAGGCAGUGGCCUGGCUUUGCCCUCUCCAGUUCUUUCAUCCUUCCUUCUCCCAUUCCAGUAAUGUUGGCUCUGGAAGGAGGGUGAAAUCCCAUCCUCUUUCAGAAACUUCCCUGAAGACCAUGGGGUAGCUGGCCUUGCCUGCCGGGAGCAAGAGUAGCAACGGGACAAAGCUGGCCCGUAGGACUGGGAAUUCCACUCCCAUGGCCACUGCCAACUGAAGGGGAGGGCAGUCAGGGGCCAGUAGGGUAGCCUCAGCCCUUGCCUCCCCACCCAAGGCAAGCCAGAGCCCGCCAGGGACAUGGUGGGGGCAGACAGAGGGGCUUCCCUCCUGCUCUUCUGCUCAGAGAGAAACAUACACAUAUGUACGUAUACAGGUACUUAUAUCACAGAGCUACAGCACAGGGAAGCUUAGCAAGAAACAAAUCAUGCCUUCUGUUUUGUUUUUUAAAAGGUGCUCUCCUUAUGAGAGGGGUAUUUUGCGUGUUCCAAUUCACCCACACCUUUCAGGUCCAUCAGCCUCCCGUUAACCCAUGAGCGGGAGUGAGGAGGUGCGUGAGCAGAUGUGGCUGAAAAGCACGAAUCUGUUUCCUCCUUAUAUAUAAAGGAAUCUGGUUUUCUUCUCCGCAAACACUGUAUAGAGUGAGAUUUGUUCCACGUUGGAGAGCUGAUUACCCCUUUGAAUAUGGGUUGAGUUCCUCCCUUUCUGACUCAUUGAUUCUGAAGAUGUUUCUCCUUCCCCUCUUGGAUAGAAGCAAUCCUUUGGUGAAAGUAAGAACUGCAGGAGUUGGGGUUUAGUUUGGUCCUGCUGAGUUUUGGGUUUCAGCUGUCCAUCCUCACAGAUUUCCACACUCAUCUCCUCCCACUGGGGCUGGGGGAAGCUGUGUUCUUUAAAGUGGGCUAGGCCCCCAUCCUCAGCACGUGGUGAGCUGGGACCUUGCCUUCCUUCUCGCUCUCCAGGUUUUUUUUUUUUUUAACUAAUUAAUUAUUUUUGGCUGCAUUGGGUCUUCAUUGCUGCGUGCGGGCUUUCUCUAGUUGCGGUGAGCGGGGGACUGCUCUUCAUUGCUGAGCGUGGGCUUCUCAUUGCGGUGGCUUCUCUUGUCGCGGAGCACGGGCUCUAGGCGUGCACGGGCUUCAGUAGUUGUGGCACAUGGGCGCAGUAGCUGUGGCUCCCAGGCUCUAGAGCACAGGCUCAGUAGUUGUGGCGCACGGCCUUAGUUCCUCCGCGGCAUGUGGGAUCUUCCCGGACCAGGGAUCAAACCCAUGUCCCCAGCACUGGCAGGCAGAUUCUUAACCACUGCACCACCAGGGAAGUGUCCGUCCUCCAGGCAGAUUUUAGAAUGCACGACACCUCAAGUGUCCUGGCUGCAACCUCAGGUGGUACGGUGAGGUCACCUCACAAAAGACUCGUACUUUCCCCAGAACCCACCUGAUGCAACUCAACACCAGCGGGGUACUGCUCCCUUCCAGAAGCCCCAGCCCCAAAGAUGGACAGAGGCAAGGCAGUCAAGCAAUGAGAUUGUCCAGGCUGUGCCUCUUGCCACAGAGCCUGGGUCAAGGUGGGAGAGUCCCUGAGUGAGCGGGAGAUGGGGAUCCCAUUCCUGCCAUUUCUUGGGCCUGAAAGGGCAAAUACAGAUGAAAAAUAAGAGGCUUAGCUCUCCCUGUUGAAAAUAAGGGAAGAUGCUUCUCCUUCCUCCCUCUUUUUAGAGCAUUCACUUGAGAAAACUGGUAACUCUAAGUUCUUUUCUCUGUCUCUUUGAAAGGUAUGUAAAGUUUUUAAAAAGCUAACUCAGACUCCUGCCAGCUUUAGGACUGUCUUUCUCAAGGACCAGGGAGCCAUCCCUUUGAAAUGCCAUCAUCAAGGGAGAUAGGGCCCCUCUCCCAUCUCUGUGGGAGGGUGGGAGCCUUGCUCCUUGUUGCAAAACUACCUCCUGUCAUAAAGAUAGGAGAAGCUGGUUUUUCUUUAGGUUAAAGCCAAUUAGGUAACACAGAUGGUGACCCCAAUUACCAGGCAAAUCCAGGAUGAACUUGGUGUGAGGACUGGUUGUUAUUGUGUAGGUAAGGGCCUGUGUCUGCCUGCCUGUACAAAAGGCUGAGAUUCCUGUCUGUCUCUGCAGUCUCUUAGCUGAUUGCCUGUGCUGCACAUCGCAUUCUGGUUUGAUGCCUAUUCAAUAACAAAACUGUUUUCUUUCUCUCCUACCUUUGUGGAGAAGGUUUGCUGGGUUGGCAGAUUUGUUUUUAAUUCUCUUUUCCUAACAGAUCCCAUUGGCCUGGCUCUGUGAGCUCCUGAUCA